AUGGGCUGGCCGAGCCUGCUCCUGGCCUGCAGCUUCCUCACAGGACUGCCGCCCCACAACUUCUGGCUGCUUCUCUUUCCAGCAGUCCUCAGCCGGAACCAGGAGGAGAAGCUCCUCAACACCUUGAUGGCCAACUACAACCGCAAUUUCCGCCCAGCCUUGGCCAAAGGAGACAUCGUGGACAUUUCGGUCAAGCUGACCCUCACCAACCUCAUCUCGCUGAAUGAGCGGGAUGAGACACUCACAACCAACGUCUGGGUAGAACUGAAAUGGUACGAUUACCGCCUGAGGUGGGACCCCGAAGACUACGGCAACAUCCAGUGUUUGCGGGUCCCCUCCACCAUGGUGUGGUUGCCGGACAUCGUCCUGGAGAACAACAUCGAUGGGGUGUUUGAUGUUGCCCUGUAUACCAACGUUCUGCUCUCCCCCACCGGCAACAUCACCUGGCUUCCCCCUGCCAUCUACCGCAGCGUCUGCUCGAUCAUCGUCACCUAUUUCCCCUUUGACUGGCAAAACUGCUCUCUGGUCUUCCAGUCCCAGACCUACAAUGCCCAUGAAAUCAACCUGCUGUUGACAGUUGAAAAUGAGACCAUUGAGUGGAUUGUGAUUGACCCUGCAGCUUUCACAGAGAACGGGGAAUGGGUAAUUAAGCACCGGCCAGCCAAGAAGGUCGUGAAUGUCGGACGUGCCACACCAGAUGAUAUCGGGUACCAGCAGAUCAUUUUCUUCCUGGUCAUCCAGAGGAAGCCGCUGUUCUAUAUCAUCAACAUCAUCAUCCCGUGUGUGCUGAUCUCCUCGGUCGCUGUGGUAGUGUACUUUCUGCCGGCCAAGGCUGGUGGACAGAAGUGCACCGUUUCCAUCAAUGUCCUUCUAGCUCAGACUGUUUUCCUCUUCCUGAUAGCGAAAAAGGUUCCUGAAACAUCGCAGGCUGUGCCACUCAUUGGAAAGUACUUAACUUUCCUCAUGGUCAUCACAGUCACCAUAGUCGUGAACGCUGUCAUUGUACUCAAUGUGUCCCUGAGGACCCCCAAUACUCACUCGAUGUCCCAGCGAGUCCGACAGGUGUUCCUGCGGCUGGUGCCGCGUUACCUGGGCAUGCACAUGAGGCGCAGCAACGCGCCCGUCCCGAACCAACUCGUCCGUCGGCGGAGCUCGCUGGGGUUCAUGGCAAAAGCCGACGAGUACAUGCUGUGGAAGGCGCGGACCGAGCUCCUCUUCGAGAAGCAGAAGGAGCGAGCGGGGCUCAUGAAGGUUCUCCUGGCCAAGACACGAGAAGGCUUGGAGAACGGCUGCCCACAGGACUUCUGCAGCAGCUUGCGCCAUGCCGCCCCGGAAAUCCAGGCCUGCGUAGAUGCCUGCAACCACAUCACUAAAACGUUGCAGGAGAAAAGCGACUUUGACAGCGAGAACGAGGAGUGGAUCCUGGUGGGGAGGGUAAUCGACCGCAUCUGCUUCCUCGUCAUGGCCUCUGUCCUCAUCUUCGGAACCGUUGGCAUCUUCCUGAUGGCGCACUUCAACCAGGCACCCCCCGAGCCCUUUCCCGGGGAUCCGAGGCAAUACUUGCCUCUGCUGUGA